UAUUUUUACAGGAUGAACUCAUACGCGAAGAAAAUUGUUGUGUUCGGUACCCCUGGAACGGGAAAGUCUUCUCUCUGCAACGUUCUUUUCUCUGGUGAUCCAGAUAAUGGGGAAGAAAUUUUUCUAGAAAGUCCUGGAACAGUGAGCUGCACACAGGACUGCCAAUCAGAAGAAAGAUUUUUCCUCGGGAAUGCUUCUCGGCUAAUAAAAAUCAUGGACACCCCAGGAAUCGGCGAUAUUCAAGAAAAAAAUGAGGAACAAUCCAAAAGGCUCAAAGAAGGUCUGGAGAAGGAAAACAACGUUCACGCUUUCAUCUGGGUCAAGAAUUCCACUAAUGUUCGAUUCGAUGGUCAGGACCAGCUUCUGUUUAAUUUCAUGGCUGAAGUUUUUGGAAGCGAGUUCAUGACACACUUGAUUGUCGUUUUCACGCGGUUUUCUCAUUCAGUGGAGGAUAUUCGCAAACGUUCGAGGAUUGGCCCAACGUCUGGAAGUCUUUACCAGGGUUUCCGGAAGGAACUCGGCAUCAUGGCAGAUAACGACGGGAUCUCGCAGAUUCUUGCCGUGGACAUCGACGCCUAUUUCAAUCCGGAUGAUGAGUACGAAACGACGGUUUUCAAACAAAACUGCGAGAAGCUAUGGAAACAAAUUCAGACAUUUAGUUUGACUCCAGUAAAUCGACUUGAAAUAACGAAGCGGACAUAUCGUGAUGUAUGUGAACGAAUCAAGUCACUGGAAGACAAGAUGGAGGUCCUGUACGGAGCAGAACUCGAAAAAUGCCAACUGGAAUUGGAAAAUUUGCAAGAGAUUCAAAAAACGUCUGGCAACAUCCUCCGACGAUCCGCUGCCGUCACUGGACUCCUUGCUGUCCGAAACACAAACAGUGGUGCCAACAUGGGCGUCCCCUUUUUGGGUUCGUUAGUUGGCGUGUCGACGGGUGCAAUCCCCACUGGUUCUGGCGACCCAGUCGAUUACGUCAAGAGGUUUUUCAGUCGUCUGGCAUCCGGUGUCCGUUAUUGUGGUUAUUUUGUUACAAGACCUGUAACCAUCGUCACGGACCUUUCCUCAUACAUGUUCGACAGCAUAAAAACCUUUGGUGGCACAAAAAUUGUGGUGUUCGGAACCCCUGGAACUGGAAAGUCUUCUCUGUGUAACGUUCUUUUCACCGGUGAUCCAGAUCAUGGAGAAAAGGUUUUCAUAGAAAGUCCUGGAACAUUGAGCUGCACACAGGACUGUCAAUCCGAAGAAAGAUUUUUCCUUCGAAACGGUUCUCGACCAAUGAAAAUCAUGGACACCCCGGGGAUCGGCGACAUUGAAGGAAAAAACGAGGAACUGUGCAAACGGUUCAAGGAAGGUCUGGAGAAGGAAAACAACGUUCAUGCUUUCAUCUGGGUCAAGAAUUCCUCGUGUGUGCGAUUCGAUGGUCAGGAUCAGCGUCUGUUUAAAUUCAUGGCUGACGUUUUUGGAAGCGAGUUCAUGACACACUUGAUUGUGAUUUUCUCGCGGUUCUCUCAUUCGAGUGCAGACAUUCGCAGGCGUUCCAAAACCGGCCAAACACAGGAAAGCCUUUACAGAGGAUUCCAAGAUCAACUCGGGAUGUUUGCAGAUUGUGACUCUGUUCAACAGCUUUUCGUCGUGGACAUUGAUGCAUAUUUCAAUCCGGAAGACGAGCACGAAACGACGGUUUUCAAGGAAAACUGCGAGAAACUUUGGGGCAAAAUUGAGACUUUGAGCUUGACCCCUGUAGAGCGUCUCGAAAUCGUGAGGGAAAAGUAUCACCAAGUUUCUAUACAAAUUGAGUCGCUGAAAGACAGGAUGCGGAACUUGUCAGGGGCGGAACUUGAGGAAGCUAAUGAACAACUAAAGAAGCUUUUAAUCCUCAAAAGGAAGUAUGACGAGAUCCUCACUCGAUCUGCUUGUGUCAACUUCCUUCUUGGCUUGGGGAAGAUUAGCUUGAAAACUGUUUUGGAAGAAGCAGCUGAGGAGGGCUUCAAAAGAGUAGUCAAAGCCACUCCUGUAUUGGGUUUCUUCGUGGGUGCUGCCUUCGGGAUAUUGCGCCUCAAAGAUGGCGAUUACGUGGGUGCUGUGGGGGAAUUCGCUAGCGGUGCCUUCGCUUGCGUUCCUGUCGUUGGUAACGUGUUUUCCGGCUUCGUCAUCGACCCUGCACUGUGUGCCUACGAUAUCUACAGAGGAAUCAAAGCCACUCAGCCGAAGCCGAAACAGAAGAGUAAAAAUGACUGAUUUCGAAGAAAAUGCGUGUACCGUCUCGGCCGAAACAUUGUGACAUUAUACUGUAUUCCCAUUUGUUCGCGUCUCUUUGGGCAUGUUAUUGUAUCUGUGUCUCAAAGAAAGCCUUCGAAAAUUUUCAA